CAUCGCGAAGCGUCAUCAUACUGACCCCGAACUCUGCAACCUGACAGAUGAUCACGAGACGACGCUUUGCGCAGCAUAGUCAAUGGUCUCUGCUUUUGAUCAGCACUUCAAAAUUCCCACGGUUCCCGAAUUAUCAUAACGAUCAACUUGAGGAUUCUUUGCGCAAAUUCUGAAUAAAUCGUCGAAAAUGACGAACGUCGGCGAGACUUUUGCGACGGUGACGCACCGGGAUUUCACAUGGCCGUACCCUAAGCCGCUGAUCGCAAGGCCCACUCAGCCACCGAUGAGCACCGGUAUCAGACUCUACAUGCCGAAAGUUGAUCCGAACGAUUGCAGAUGCGAUGCUCACGGGUUUCAAAGUGACAUGAACAGGUACAAGCAGCUGGCGGACAAGGAGAGAAGACUCCACGACGACGUGGUGGCAGUAAACCGGGAGAUGACGAACUUGAUGAGCACGAUAUUGGAAAAUGUUUGCGAGAUGGGGGACGAGACGAUGAAAAGCGUUUAUCAGACGGACUACGAAAAACGAGGGCUACCGAUUGCCCAUUACAGGCAGCUCAUGGCGGCAGUCGAUUCACCGAUCGGGGCGCCGAUCAAUCCGGUGGUUACCGAUCUAAGGGAUGGAUACAGAGACCCGACCCGUUUCAGAUACAGUGCCAUAAACAGACCGACUAUUCAGCCGGCUAAGAGGAUAAACUUUCUAACAGUUCCUGAGACUUUUGAGAUGUGGAACGAACCCUUCACCGGACGAUCUGAGUACAUGGACAACUUUAGCAAGAUGGGACUGAGCAAUAUGAAGAACCGGCAGCAGUAUCUAGAGCCUCUUCCUUCGUCUAGGAGACGCUAUGGUGAUUGUAAAAUUUGAAGAGAAGAGGAAAAGUUGGGAAAAAGGUUAUCCAAUAUUGAUGCGCGUUGUAAUGAUGUCUAUAAAAAUAGUAAA